AUGUUUCCAAAGAGCAACCUGACAGUCACUUGCUGGGUAUGGAGCGGCAUGAGGAAUCUCUUUCUAUUGCUUUCUCUCUUGCUGUCCCAUGCAGCUCAUUUGGAAGGCAAAAAGGAUAACCAGUUCAUCUGGAAACCAGGUCCCUGGGGAAGGUGUACAGGAGACUGUGGUCCCGGAGGAGUCCAGAGUCGGGCAGUGUGGUGUUUUCAUGUUGAAGGGUGGACAAGUCACCUGUCUAACUGUGGUGAGAGCAACAGGCCUCCAAAGGAAAGAAGUUGUUUCCGAGUCUGUGACUGGCACAGUGACCUCUUUCAGUGGGAGGUUUCUGACUGGCACCACUGUGUGCUCCUUCCUUACGCUCAGGGCGAAGUCAAGCCUCGGACUGCAGAGUGUGUGACGGCUCAGCAUGGACUGCAGCACCGGACGGUGCGCUGCAUUCAGAAGUUGAACCGAACUAUGGUUGCAAAUGAAAUAUGCGAACACUUUGCCCCUCAGCCUCCUACAGAACAAGCUUGCCUCAUUCCUUGUCCCCGGGAUUGUGUGGUAUCUGAGUUCCUACCAUGGUCCAACUGUAGCGAGGGCUGUGGGAAGAAAUUGCAGCAUAGAACUCGCGCGGUCAUAGCUCCUCCUCUCUUUGGCGGUUUGCAGUGUCCAAAUCUGACUGAGUCAAGAGCCUGUGAAGCUCCCACUUCCUGUCCACUUGGGGAAGAGGAAUAUACAUUUAGCCUUAAGGUUGGACCAUGGAGUAAAUGCAGACUGCCUCAUCUUAAAGAAAUUAAUCCAAGUGGAAGAACUGUUCUGGAUUUUAACUCUGAUUCAAAUGAGCGAGUCACCUUUAAACAUCAAAGUUACAAAGCACAUCAUCAUUCGAAGUCUUGGGCAAUAGAGAUAGGUUAUCAAACCCGGCAGGUUUGGUGUACAAGAAGUGAUGGACAAAAUGCUAUGUUAAGCCUUUGCACGCAAGACUCCUUCCCACUGACUGUUCAGUCCUGCAUCAUGCCCAAAGACUGUGAAACCUCCGAGUGGUCCUCCUGGAGCCCCUGCUCCAAGACAUGCCGUUCAGGGAGUCUCUUGCCGGGAUUUAGGAGCAGGAGCCGGAACGUGAAGCACGUUGCUAUUGGAGGUGGAAAGGAGUGCCCUGAACUUCUUGAGAAAGAAGCCUGCAUUGUUGAAGGAGAACUUCUGCAGCAAUGUCCCAGGUAUUCCUGGAGAACCUCUGAAUGGAAAGAAUGCCAAGUCUCUCUCCUCCUCGAGCAGCAGGAUCCCCACUGGCAUGUGACGGGACCCGUGUGUGGCGGUGGGAUCCAGACCCGGGAGGUGUACUGUACCCAGAGCGUACCAGCAGCUGCCGCACUGAGGGCCAAGGAAGUCUCUAGACCUGUGGAAAAGACAUUAUGUGUGGGACCCGCCCCGUUGCCCUCUCAGCUCUGCAAUAACCCUUGCUCUACGGACUGCAUAGUAUCUUCCUGGUCAGCCUGGGGCUUGUGCAUCCAUGAAAACUGCCGUGAUCCUCAGGGGAAAAAAGGAUUUAGAACGAGGCAGCGCCAUGUCCUCAUGGAAUCUACAGGACCUGCAGGGCAUUGCCCUCAUUUGGUGGAAUCUAUUCCUUGUGAGGAUCCAACAUGCUACCGAUGGCUGGCAUCAGAAGGGAUCUGUUUCCCUGAUCAUGGAAAAUGUGGCCUGGGACAUCGCAUUCUGAAGGCCAUCUGCCAGAAUGACCACGGAGAAGAGGUAUCAGGGAGUCUUUGCCCAGUACCACCUCCUCCUGAGAGGAAGGCUUGUGAAAUUCCCUGCCGAAUGGACUGUGUGGUGAGCGAGUGGACGGAGUGGUCAUCCUGUUCCCAGUCCUGUUCAAAUAAAAACUCAGAUGGGAAACAGACCAGGUCAAGAACUAUCCUGGCACUGGCUGGGGAAGGUGGAAAGCCAUGUCCCCCUAGUCAGGCUCUCCAAGAGCAUCGUUUGUGUAAUGACCAUUCCUGUAUGCAACUUUACUGGGAGACAUCACCUUGGGGCCCUUGUUCUGAGGACACAUUGGUAACUGCCCUUAAUGCAACCAUUGGCUGGAAUGGAGAAGCCACGUGUGGUGUAGGCAUUCAGACUCGGAGGGUCUUCUGUGUCAAGAGUCAUGUGGGACAAGUGAUGACCAAAAGAUGUCCAGAUUCUACUCGACCUGAAACCGUGCGCCCCUGUUUUCUCCCAUGCAAAAAAGACUGUAUUGUGACUGCUUUCAGUGAGUGGACACCCUGUCCAAGGAUGUGCCAAGCAGGAAAUGCCACAAUAAAACAGUCUCGAUACAGAAUCAUCAUCCAAGAAGCAGCCAGUGGAGGCCAGGAAUGCCCGGAUACCUUAUAUGAGGAGAGAGAGUGUGAAGACGUCUCCUUGUGUCCUAUAUAUCGGUGGAAGACACAGAAAUGGAGCCCUUGCAUCUUAGUGCCAGAGUCUGUCCGGCAGGGAAUAAUGGGCAGCAGUGAAGCCUGUGGAAAGGGAUUACAAACAAGAGCUGUCUCAUGCGUCUCUGAUGACAACCAGUUGGCAGAAAUGAUGGAAUGCCUCAAGCAGACAAAUGGCAUGCCUCCCCUUGUGCAAGAAUGCACGGUCCCAUGUCGAGAAGACUGCACCUUCACUGCUUGGUCCAAGUUUACACCCUGCUCCACGAACUGUGAAGCCACAAAAAGUAGGCGGCGACAGCUCACAGGGAAAAGCAGAAAGAAGGAGAAAUGCCAGGAUGCUGACCUUUACCCUCUAGUGGAGACAGAACUAUGUCCUUGUGAUGAAUUUGUAUCCCAACCUUAUGGAAACUGGUCAGAUUGCAUUCUUCCAGAAGGCAGAAGGGAGCCUCAGCGAGGACUGCGGGUACAAGGAGAGAGCAAAGAAUGUGGAGAAGGCAUGCGCUUUCAAGCAGUAGCCUGCUCUGAUAAAAAUGGAAGACCUGUUGACCCCUCCUUCUGCAGCAGCUCUGGUUACAUUCAAGAAAAAUGUGUCAUACCCUGCCCAUUUGAUUGCAAGUUAAGCGAUUGGUCUAGUUGGGGGUCUUGCAGUUCAUCUUGUGGAAUUGGAGUGAGAAUUCGAUCCAAAUGGCUAAAAGAAAAACCUUAUAAUGGAGGACGACCAUGUCCCAAACUGGAUCUCAAGAAUCAGAAAUAUAAAUCUGGGUCGGCAAAGCCUGAGUCCUGUCGUCUCGCCUUCCUCCCAUACAGCAUGAGCUUCACCACUCGCUCCACCUUCUCUACCAACUACCGGUCCCUGGGCUCUGUCCAGGCGCCCAGCUACGGCGCCCGGCCGGUCAGCAGCGCGGCCAGUGUCUAUGCAGGCGCCGGGGGCUCUGGUUCCCGGAUCUCCGUGUCCCGCUCCACCAGCUUCCGGGGCGGCAUGGGGUCCGGGGGCCUGGCCUCAGGGAUGGCCGGGGGUCUGGCAGGAAAGGGAGGCAUCCAGAACGAGAAGGAGACCAUGCAAAGCCUGAACGACCGCCUGGCCUCUUACCUGGACAGAGUGAGUAGCUUGGAGACCGAGAACCGGAGGCUGGAGAGCAAAAUCCGGGAGCACUUGGAGAAGAAGGGACCCCAGGUCAGAGACUGGAGCCAUUACUUCAAGAUCAUGGAGGACCUGAGGGCUCAGAUCUUCGCAAAUACUGUGGACAAUGCCCGCAUCCUUCUGCAGAUUGACAAUGCCCGUCUUGCUGCUGAUGACUUUAGAGUCAACUAUGAGACAGAGCUGGCCAUGCGCCAGUCUGUGGAGAAUGACAUCCAUGGGCUCCGCAAGGUCAUUGAUGACACCAAUGUCACUCGACUGCAGCUGGAGACAGAGAUCGAGGCUCUCAAGGAGGAGCUGCUCUUCAUGAAGAAGAACCACGAAGAGGAAGUAAAAGGCCUACAAGCCCAGAUUGCCAGCUCUGGGUUGACCGUGGAGGUAGAUGCCCCCAAAUCUCAGGACCUCGCCAAGAUCAUGGCAGACAUCCGGGCCCAAUAUGACGAGCUGGCUCGGAAGAACCGAGAGGAGUUAGACAAGUACUGGUCUCAGCAGAUUGAGGAGAGCACCACAGUGGUCACCACACAGUCUGCCGAGGUUGGAGCUGCUGAGACGACGCUCACAGAGCUGAGACGUACAGUCCAGUCCUUGGAGAUCGACCUGGACUCCAUGAGAAAUCUGAAGGCCAGCUUGGAGAACAGCCUGAGGGAGGUGGAGGCCCGCUACGCCCUACAGAUGGAGCAGCUCAAUGGGAUCCUGCUGCACCUGGAGUCAGAGCUGGCACAGACCCGGGCAGAGGGACAGCGACAGGCCCAGGAGUAUGAGGCCCUGCUGAACAUCAAGGUCAAGCUGGAAGCUGAGAUUGCCACCUACCGCCGCCUGCUGGAAGACGGCGAGGAAUUCAAUCUUGGUGAUGCCUUGGACAGCAGCAACUGGAUGCAAACCAUCCAAAAGACCACCACCCGCCGGAUAGUGGAUGGCAAAGUGGUGUCUGAGACCAACGACACCAAAGUUCUGAGGUGUGUGAAUACUGCAGAUAGCGAAGGUGGAGCAGUGGAUAGCAACCUGUGCAACCAGGAUGAAAUUCCCCCGGAAACCCAGUCCUGUUCUCUUAUGUGUCCCAAUGAGUGUGUCAUGUCUGAAUGGGGACUUUGGAGCAAAUGCCCACAGUCAUGCGAUCCCCACACAAUGCAGAGAAGAACUCGCCACCUGCUAAGACCAUCACUGAGCUCAAGGACUUGUGCCGAAGACUCACAGGUGCAGCCUUGCCUCCUUAAUGAAAAUUGCUUCCAGUUCCAGUACAAUCUAACAGAGUGGAGCACAUGCCAGCUGAGUGAAAAUGCACCCUGUGGUCAAGGCGUCAGGACCCGCCUACUAAGCUGUGUGCGCAGUGAUGGCAAGCCAGUCAGCAUGGACCAAUGUGAGCAGCGUAAUUUGGAGAAGCCCCAGAGAAUGAGCAUUCCCUGCUUGGUGGAAUGCGUCGUCAACUGUCAGCUCUCAGGGUGGACGGCUUGGACAGAGUGUUCACAGACCUGUGGCCAUGGAGGUCGAAUGAACCGGACUCGAUUUAUCAUUAUGCCAACCCAAGGAGAAGGACGGCCAUGCCCCACAGAGCUUACCCAGCAGAAAACCUGCCCAGUGACCCCCUGCUACAGCUGGGUCCUUGGCAACUGGUCUGCAUGUAAAUUGGAGGGUGGAGACUGUGGGGAAGGAGUUCAGAUCCGCAGCCUUUCCUGCAUGGUCCACAAUGGUUCAGUAUCUCAUGCAGCUGGAUGGGUCGAGGAUGCACUGUGUGGAGAAAUGCCCUUUCAGGACAGCAUCCUGAAGCAGCUGUGUUCUGUGCCUUGCCCAGGAGACUGCCAUUUGACGGAAUGGUCAGAGUGGAGCACAUGUGAAUUAACCUGCAUUGACGGAAGAAGCUUUGAGACUGUGGGUCGCCAGUCUAGAUCAAGGACAUUUAUAAUUCAGUCUUUUGAGAACCAAGACAGCUGCCCCCAACAGGUUCUAGAAACACGCCCUUGUGCAGGAGGCAAAUGUUAUCACUACACAUGGAAAGCAAGUCUUUGGAACAAUAAUGAACGAACUGUGUGGUGCCAGCGUUCAGAUGGAGUUAAUGUCACAGGAGGCUGCUCCCCUCAGGCCCGUCCCGCUGCCAUUCGGCAGUGCAUUCCAGCCUGCAGAAAACCUUUCUCCUACUGUACACAGGGUGGAGUCUGUGGUUGUGAGAAGGGCUAUACAGAGAUAAUGAGAUCAAAUGGUUUCCUGGAUUACUGUAUGAAAGUACCAGGCUCAGAGGAUAAAAAAGCUGAUGUGAAAAACCUUUCUGGGAAAAACAGACCUGUGAAUUCAAAAAUACAUGAUAUUUUUAAAGGAUGGUCUCUUCAACCACUUGAUCCAGAUGGCCGAGUAAAAGUUUGGGUUUAUGGCGUUUCAGGUGGCGCUUUUCUUAUCAUGAUUUUCCUAGUAUUUACUUCCUACCUUGUUUGCAAGAAGCCAAAACCACAUCAAAGCACACCUCCCCAACAGAAGCCUCUGACCUUAGCCUACGAUGGAGACUUAGACAUGUAA